UAGGUAUAAUUUUUCGAUUUAAAUGUCCUGUUGGCACCUGUCACUUUUUACAUGCACAACAAGUGUAAACAUAAGUUUUUUUAAAAAAUAAAUUCUAUUAUUUUGUAUGAAAUUUCGUUAUUUCUUCUUUGAAAAUGAAUGGAAAUAAAGUACAAGUUAAAAAUGAACAAUAUAUAAAUUACGAACUCAUUGAAACACUUAGGUUAACAAAAUUUCCAAAACCUGGAGAAAUAAUUCUUUAUGGAACAGCUGGUUUUCGAACAAGAGCAGAAUUGUUGGAUCAUGUUGCAUUUACAAUGGGAAUUUUAUCUGUUUUACGUUCCAAGAAAAAGAAUGCCGCCAUUGGAAUAAUGAUAACAGCGAGUCAUAAUCCAGAAAAUGAUAAUGGAUUAAAAUUAGUCGAUCCAUCGGGUGAAAUGUUGGAAAGUUCGUGGGAGAAAAUAGCGACAGAUUUGGUGAAUAUUGAUGAUAGAGAAUUGGUGCCACAAUUGAAGAAAAUAAUUAAAGAACUUGAUAUUAAUGAAACAUUACCAGCGACUGUAAUUCUUGGAAGAGACACGAGAAUAAGUAGUCCUCAAUUAGCAAUGUCGGCAAUUCAAGGAAUAAAUGCCUGUCAAGCAACAUUAAAGGAUUUUGAAAUUGUCACCACACCACAAUUACACUAUCUUGUUGCUUCGACAAAUGCAAAUGGUAGUUACGGUGAUCCCAGUCUUUUUGGAUAUUAUCAGAAAUUAAGUGUCGCAUUUAAGAAUAUUAGAGGAAAUCGAACUGACAAUGGAAAUUACUUUGGAAAAUUACAAUUAGACGCUGCAAAUGGUGUUGGUGCUUUAGCUGUUAAACAAUUUCAAGAGCACUUGAAUGGAUUUAUCGAUAUUGAUGUUUAUAACAAUGGAAAUGGACAAUUGAAUCAUAAAUGUGGAGCAGAUUAUGUAAAAAUUGAACAAUGUCCACCUUCUAAUCUGCCCGUGAUAUCAAAUAUGAGAUGUGUUUCGAUAGACGGAGAUGCGGAUAGAAUUGUUUAUUACUAUACUGAUGAGGAGAAUAAAUUUCAUCUUCUUGAUGGAGAUCGAAUUGCAACUUUGAUAGCCGAAUAUUUUAAAGAAUUACUUUUGGAAAGUCAAUUGAUUCUAAAUGUUGGUUUAGUACAAACUGCCUAUGCAAACGGUGGAUCCACUGAUUAUAUCACAAAUAAAUUGAAAAUUCCUGUCGCUUGUGUACCAACUGGUGUAAAACAUUUACAUCAUAAAGCAUUGGAAUUUGAUAUUGGAAUCUAUUUUGAAGCUAAUGGUCAUGGGACUAUUGUUUUUAAAGAUUCUGCAACUGAAUUAAUUCGACAAGCUGCAAAGAAUGAAAGUCUUUCCGAAAAUAAAAGAGAAGCUGCGAAAAAAUUAUCUCAAGUUAUUGAUGUUAUUAAUCAAACGGUGGGCGAUGCAUUAAGUGACAUGUUAUUGGUUGAAACAAUUUUGCACGCGAAAAAAUGGAAUUUAAACGAUUGGGAACAAAGUUAUCGGGAUUUACCGAAUAAACAAUUAAAAGUCAAGGUUCUGGAUAGAAAUGCAAUAACAACCAUGGACGCUGAACGAAAAUGUGUUUUACCUGAAGGUUUACAGACAACAAUUGAUCAAUUGGUGAUGCGAUAUUCGAAAGGACGUUCAUUUGUUCGACCAUCUGGCACUGAAGAUAUAGUGAGAGUUUACGCCGAAUGUGAAAAUAAGGCAGAUGUUGAAAAACUUGCAGUUCAAGUCGGAGUUGCAGUUUUUAAUUUAGCUAAUGGAGUUGGUCAAAAACCAGUUUUAUCAAAAAUGUGAUAUUUCAUAAAUAGACUGCGGAUUAUAAAUUGAUGCAUUUUAUUAGAAUGUUAAAUUUUUGACUACGAAAUAUUACGUUUAAUAUAUUUAUAUAUAUGUGAAAUAUUUUUAAAGAUAUAAAAUAAAUUUGUACGUUUGUUAAAAUA